AUGCUCAGGAUUGCUGAGUCAAUUGACAACAGCUUGGCUAACCUGAACAAGCAGUACGAUCAGUUGGUUAAGCUGCAAGCCUCCCUUGCAACGUGCGGUGAUCCUGCGAGCGUGCCACAGCUCGAAGACAAUGUCACGGCCACCUUUUUUGCUGCUACCAAAGAGGACCUUGCCCUGAACAACUAUGUGAUGAGGUCUAAGACUCCUGGGCUCAUUUUUGUGUGCGUGUGUGUGCCAGAGGAAGGAGAAGAUUCCUCGUCAGAUGAUGAUUUCGUGGAUGAGCUGCUGAUUCAUGUGCUCGAGUACUUCGCUUGGCCAAACGAGUGCACAGGAAAUUUGCUCGUCGAGGUUAUGUCGAUCAACUGCAGUAUUACCCUGACACAGGUCAUCACGAUCCAGUGCUGGCAAGAUUGGCUCGAUGUGGAAUACGAGGAGAAGACCUACAAGUUUUUCUUUGCUUACUUGGGUGGGAAGGGAGACUGGGU